CCAUUCUUGAUGUCAUAUAAAGGAAAUCGCAACUCAUCACAAUAUGAUUGGAUUUUCCUAAAAUAUCUGCUCCAUUUAAUUUGAAUUUUUAGGCAAUUCGAUUUUUUAAAUCCAGUUUGAUUCAAAAUCAAACCAUCCUAAUGCUCUAGUAUUUUACCAAACACAGCCUUAAACAUGGGAUUAUGACCAAACAAAACAGUGGACCUUUGCAUCAUCAACGGGAUCUCUUCCGUUUCGCAAGCGUUCUCCUCCCUGCUUUCUCUCCUUUCUCUGAUUGUUUUCUUCUUAUCUCUGUCAUAUUCUCAAAAUCCUCGUUCACUGCUCUGGAUUUCCUGCUUUGAGUUUCCGACGGCAGAGAUUGGCUUUCAUAUCUCUCUGCUCAUGGCAUCUGCUCCAUUGAACAAGAUAGACACGGCUCACCAGAUGUAUAGAGACGGAAAGUACGAGCAAGCGCUAGGCUUUUACGCUGACGCUCUUUCCAUGGCCAAAACCAAGCUCCAGAAGAUCGCUUUGCAUAGUAAUCGAGCUGCCUGUUUUUUGAAAUUGCACGAUUUCAAAAAUGCAGCUGAAGAAUGUACGUCGGUGCUCGAGCUUGAUCACGAUCACGCUGGAGCAUUGAUGCUGCGGGCGCAGACACUAGUCACCCUCAAUGAGUAUCACUCCGCCCUCUUUGACGUCAACAGGCUUUUGGAGUUGAACCCUUCUGCAGAAAUUUAUCGAAAUCUUGAAGCUCGGUUGAGGACACAACUGUCACUUGCUCCAAUACCUGAAUCUGAAGCUGAGUUGGAAGAAGAGGAAGAAAAAGCUGAAGCAGAACUAUAUAGACACGAGGAAGAACUACAAGAUGGAGAAGAUGCAGCUAUGGCAAUAGCAAGAACUAACCAGCAAAAGGACCCUUUUAUAGCUACUGUUACUACUGAUGUUGUGGUGCCUAAAAUUCCAACCAUCAACAGGUCUUCUGAAACACGUAAAGAUCUAAUAUUUGAGCCUAGAAAGACCAUUGCUGCAGAAGUUAUUGCGCAAGCACAGCGGAAAGUUAAGCCUAGAAAGACUCUUGCUGCUGAAGUUAUAGCUCGAGCACAGAGGAAGAAGGAAUUAUCUGACCAACUUUCUAAAGGAUGGCAAGCGAUCCCAAAACCAAAGGGCCACUCUGCUUUGAAUUAUGAUCGUUGGGACAAAGUUGAGGAUGAUUCAAGUGAAGAUGAAGAUGAAGAGUCACAGCCUCAGUAUCGCUUCCGUUUAAGAACUGUUGGGGUACAAUCAGCGAAGUGAAUGAGAUAAACAGUAUAUUGAGGUAAAUGGCUGCACUGCUCAGUUGCACACCACAAUUAGAAGCUGAGUCCUAUUGGGUUGGAAAAUCUCUGACGGGUGGAGGUAUCAUGUCAAAACUCUUUAAAAGCCCAAAAAGAACAAAUGUUGACAUGUCACGCGUAUGACCGAAGACAGGAUGACCUUUCUACUGUGAAAUUCUGGAAGGAUGGGCAUUGUACUUGAGCAAGUUUUUGCUGUUCCAUCAUCUUUCUCACUAUGGCUUUCUUAUGCUAUGUUGGUAAAUGAUGGCAUGUGUGCGCCUGGGAACUUAUGAACUGAUGAGCUCUUUAACUGUCCAGUUGAGAAGAAUGGGUUUUGUAUCACAUGGUGGAGCAAGUUUCACUGUAACCGCACCUUUGUCUAUAUGUUGCCAAAUGAUGAAUACUACAAUUGCCUUAAAUUGGUCGGAUUGAAUCUGGGUUACUGUUGAUGUGAUUACUUACAUCACUACCUUUACAACAAAUGAUAUUGGGUUUUGUCCCCAAAUUAUUCUUAUUUUUCUUCCGUUAUCAUAUAAUUGGGGUUUUGCU